UACGGGUUCAGGGAAGUGGUGGAGAUCCAAGAAGGGAAGACAACUAUAAUUGAAGGCCGAAUCACAGGGACCCCCCAGGAGAGCCCAAAUCCUCCAAACCCCUCUGGCCAGUGCCCUAUCUGCCGGUGGAAUCUGAAGCACAAGUACAACUAUGAGGAUGUUCUGCUGCUUAGUCAGUUCAUCCGGCCUCACGGAGGUAUGCUGCCCCAAAGGGUCACAGGCUUGUGCCCAGAAGAGCACCGCAAGAUUGAGGAGUGUGUGAAGAUGGCCCACCGAGCAGGUCUGCUCCCAAAUCACAGGCCUCGACUUCCUGAAGGAUUUGUUCCGAAGAGCAAACCACAACUCAACAGGUACCUGACCCGCUGGUCUCCCCACUCUGUCAAACCCAUCUACAAUAAAGGGCAUCGCUGGAACAAGGUGCGCAUGGCUGUGGGGUCACCCCUCCUGAAAGACAACACCUCCUACUCAAGAAGACCUCUGGCGCUGUAUCACUGACGGAGGGCUUCCUGCCAGUCUGGCCAGAACUGAUCGUGUCCUCCAGCACCCGAGCCCUGGGCCACCAUUCAGCCCCAUCCAUCCCAUCAGCAGGUGGCCCUGCUUCUCCAGCCCGAGCAGCAGAAGGGACUACAGCACCUCCGGUGCCUGCCCAGCAGCAGUGCUGGGAGCUGAGGCAGGGAGGGCACUUGUGCUCCUUGGCAGCUACUGUGAUCACGUGACUGGCUUGGGCCAGAGGACAAUUUUGCCCAAAGGAGUGUCAUAAACCAGGCUCAUGUGCUGCUCCUUGGGGUGUGUGCGCUGGCUGCUUGGGAAGUGCGGGGAGCUGGGGGUGGUUUCUGACUGAUUACUAGCAUUGAGUCAUUAAUUUCUUGUGAUGGGCUGCAUGAAUACAACCAAAGGGAGUUGUU